AAUCCGCAAGUCCUACGAUGCUUGUUUGUGUAGAGAUGUCCUGGAUGCGCUCAAAUGUAAUACUGGUUGCCUGCAUGGUUACGGAAUAUAAAAUCAACCCUGACCCGCAUCGUCGACAUGGGCAAGAAUGCUACAGCGACAGCAGACCUGCUUGUGAUACGACAUCUUCCCUUCAGCAGGGCGUAUUUGACAUUCCAACUUCUCCAGUCUUUACCUCCGUCAACCCUUUUGCUAGACAAUGCUGUCACUGCCUGUCAUCCUCCUUUCACUACUGGCGCUCCAGCCUGUCCUUGGCUUCUUCCCGACCAAAUGGAAAGAAGUCGUCUUCGGUUUCGGCGGCACUUCGCAUGUCGAAAUGACUGAGGAUGUCUUCGAGGAGCGCGCCAAGGCUUACUUCCCGCUCGUCAAAACGCUCACCUCCAAGAUGUCCAAAGCCAGAGACGAGAUCGCCGAUGCCAACGCCGAUGUCGACGACAACCAGACUGCGGCCAGCUGGCACUGCGACGGCGAGAGCUUCCCCGAAGCGAAGACGCGAAUUGCAACUUUGAAGCAGGAGGCCAUUGCAGCGCUCCAGGCAGAGAAUGCUUCUCUAAGCCGCCAUAAGGUCGGAGAAGCACUGCACACCAUCCAGGACUUCUAUUCACACAGUAACUGGGUCGAAUUGGGAAAUACCGGUGCCAACUUGGAUCUCAUCCGUGAUGGCGAUAUGUCCUCGUACACGGCAACAUUUGAAGAGACCACAUGCAGCGGUUGCUCUUUCACUCUGCUGGAUCCUUUCUGCCAACUGUUCAACUGCGACGCGACACUCAACGGCUUCACCAAGCUGACAAGUGGUUACUAUCAUGGAGAAGACACGCCGCCUGCCGGUGUCGACAUUCCUUCGCACAAGUGUCAUCACGGGGGCUACACGGACACUCCUCUCGGCAGCACCAUCGGCUUCCUCUUCGGGCCUCCCAACCCGGGCAUCAACAAAGACAGCCUGAACUGCGACUGGUCGCCGCACUGGAAGUGGCACGCGAGAGCCGUCGCCGGCGCAAAGGAGGCGACCAAGCAGUUUUUCGACGACAUCAAGGCCGAGAUUGACGAGCAUGCGCUCCGCCUGCUCUUCGGAGUCGGUCCCACUCUCGCCUUUGCGAUCGAUACGACUGGCAGUAUGUCUGCUGUCAUCUCCACUGCCCGCUCAAUCGCCAUCUCCAUCGCGGAAUCUCGUGUUGGCACGCUGGACGAGCCCAGUUCCUAUGUCGUCUCGCCCUUCAACGAUCCCGGCACAGGCCCCUUGACUGUGACCUCGAGCCUCGAUACUUUCAAAUCUACCGUCAACGGUCUCUUCGCGUCGGGCGGCGGCGACUGCCCAGAGCUGAUAAUUACCGGCAUGCUGGAUGCCGUGAAUGCCAUGGAAAAGGGAGCGACUCUGUUCGCCUUUACCGAUGCUGCGCCCAAAGACAUCGCGUACGAGUCGCAGCUGCUUUCCACUGCUGUUGAGAAGAACCUCAACAUUUACAUCCUCAAGUUUGACUCGGACUGUGACGAUGGUGGAGCAGGAAGUGGUACGAAGCUCAAGACCCGCAAGGAUUCUCUCUCCGAUCUGGUAUACAGCGAGAUCUGCGCCGCCACCGGCGGACAGUACUUUAGCGGCCCAGUCUCGGAUGUCAGAAACAUUACCGAUAUCUUGGACACGCUCAUCACAGGCGAUAUCAGCACCAUACUUCGCAUCCAGGACAGCGUGGUAGGGGACACCAAGACAUAUACGAUUCCUGUUGACUCGUACAUGACCAAGGUGACCUUCUCGCUGCAAGGUGUCGGCAUCGCCAUCAUGGUGGCACAACCCGACGGCUCGGCCCUGGGGACCGACGGCGUGACGAGGACGGUACUCAGUGACAGCGAGUUCAUCUCCAUCAAGUCGCCAAUGAUGGGCAGCUACACAGUUACGGUCUCUGGGACUGGCAGUUUCUCUCUUAUCAGUCAGGGCGUGUCGACGCUCCGCCUCUCGCGAUUCAACUUCGCCAGCGUGCGUGGUCGGCCCGGCCACACAGGGUGGUAUCCCAUCAGCGGCCCGCCGCCGUACAACCAAAGGAUCGGCGCCAUAGCCGACAUGGCCGGCCCCUUCUCGACAGCAACGUUCAGCUUCCGGCAGCCGUCCUUUGCGCCCAUCGGAGAAGCCGCCAUGACCGCGGGCUCAGGCGAGAAGGGCUUCCCGCCGCGCAACUCGUUCUUCAACAUCCUGCAGGUCCCUGAGCAGUCCUUCUUUGUCUACGUCUCCGGAACAGACGACAAGGGCCUAGCCUACCAGCGCGUGGUCGACACCAUCACAGUCCCCAUUUUCUCAAACGUCACGUUCCCGCUCGCCGGCAACCAGACCUUCCCCGUCAAUAACAGCACAUCGUCCAGCUCGUCAGCCACACCCACUGUGUCGACGAGCCACUGGUCGAACUCGAGCACGAUCGCAACAUCUUCGACGGGUCCCUGGUCAAACUCGAGCGCCAGCGCGACGUCUCCGGUGUACACGACCAGCACCGUCUACUCGACAAAGGUCUACGCGGUGACGUCCUGCUCUCCCGGGGUUCCCCACUGCCCCGGGACCGUCGCGACCGAGGUGGUCCCCGUGAGCGUGACCACGUGCGCCGCCGGCGCUGCGCCGCCUGCAUCUGUGGUGGCCUACACGACCAAGCUGCACACGGUGACUGCCUGCCCCAACGAGGGCGGCACCAAGUGUGCCGACUACGGCAGGGUCGAGACGCGGACGAUCCCCAUCCCAGUCGUGCCGGCCACGGGAGGAGGGCCUAUAGGCGGCGGGUCGAGUGGCGGCAGUAGCCCUGCGGCGACAGCUGCCACUGUGGGCGCCAGCAGCGCCAUCACCUCUGGGUACGCUUACCCAUCCGUAGUCACGGCAGGCGCGUCAAAGGCGAUGGCCGGAUCCCUUGUUGUGGCCGCCAGCACGUCAGCUGCCUUUUUGCUGUUCUCUUUCUUGUAAACAGAGUACUAAGAUGUCAAUAUGUAGUCUGAGCUGUUUAGAUAAGCGGGCUGAGGGAUAGGUCAGAGCUUAAGUAAUAUUAUAACUCU